GUGCGGCGCUCACACAAUUUCGGCAAUUCAUUCGUCUGUUAACCGUCUGUGGCGUUGCCACGUCGUUGUCUCGUUGUCGUUCUAGUCGAACGUUGACGUUCUCAUUCGCAUUCGUAUGUUGAGAGGAAGUGGGCGCGCGACAGCGGCAGCAGCAUCAGCAUCUGAAGAGCAUUAUCACAACAGUCAGUUGAUAGUCAGAGGGGAAAAUAUUAUUGCAUAUUGUUGCAGCGUUUGCGUUUGCUCAGCAUCAUCAGCAUCAGCAUCAACGGCAACGGUAAACGUUUUUAUGGCUCAAACAACAGCAGCAAAAACAUCGAAAAUAUUUUCAGUUAGUGGAAUAUAAAUGUGAAAACCACUUGCACGAACUAAUACUAAAAAUAAAUUAAAGACAUGAAAUGGUAAAAAUAAAACUAAAAGCAUACUGAAACGUUGUGGCAGCAGUAGCAACAAGAACAGCAGCAGCAGCAGCAGCUAAGCGACGCGGUCUUCGCUGUAGCCCCCAAAAAAAAAUACAAAUACAAAAAAUGAACAAAAUUAAAACGCAGCCGCUUGGAGCAAGAAAAAACCCAAUCAGCGGGCAAACAGCAACAACAACAACAACAAUAAUAACAACAACUGGAACUACAACAAUAACAACGCGAAAUUUAGAAGAAGAAAAAACAGAAGCCGCAUAGGAAAACGACAACAAGUCCAGCAGCGGCAGCGACGUCGCCUCCAUAAUAACAUUAUCAUUAACAACAGCAGCAGCAGAAGCAGAAUCAGCAGUCGAAGCAGCAGCUAAGCGAGUGGGCGUCAGUUUUUGGGGACUGGCAAGGACAGCGCGACGUUGACGUUGACGUCUCUGUCUCUGCCUCUGCCUCCGCCUCCGUUUUGCUUUCUUCGUCUCUGGCAUCGCACGGCGCGCGGCAACAUUGGCGAAUCAAUUUCCCGUUGCGGUGGCCGUUUCAGUUUUGGUUUCAACGUCGCAAGCGCCACGCGUGUCGCGAAUCCCUAAUGGCGCUCCUCCUUCACGUCUCCAUCGUCUUCAUCGCCGUUGUCGUCGGUAACUGUCGAGAAAAUUAACGCAAGAUCAAGCGAAACCAAGACCGAGAAACCCUUAAACGUGGCCGUGGCCGUGAGAGUUGCGCAAGUUAAGCAAACAGCCAGAAAACAAAUAAACCAAAAAAAAAAUAUAUAUAUAUAGAAAAAAGCGCAAAAUAGUAAAAGAUAAAAGUGAGAGCAAGAAAAGUUAGUGUUCAAGUCCGUGCCACGAGUGAAAGUCUAGCCAAGUGGCAGCCAUGCAGUGCUUGGAGCUCAGCCAGUUGCCCGCGUUGCCAACCGCAGCGGCAACGACAACAAUGCGGCACAGAACAAGCGCCACAAGGAUACGCAAAAGACUUGGCUGCCGUCGCUGUCGACCAGCCGAAGCAGACACACAAACAGAGGAGACACAUGGCAGUGGAAGUGGAAGUGGAAGUGGAAAGCGUACAACGACUACAGCAAGCAAUCCCAGUCUCAAUCUGAGGCUGAUCGGCACGGCGGCUGCACUUACGGCAGCUGCUUUGCUGCAUACAACGAAUGCGCUGUCCGCAACAUCGUUCGGUGUUGCCGACCCCGUCGCACUGCCCCUGCAAGGCACUGCCACGCCCACGCCAACGACAUUGCCCAUGCCAGCGCCCGCCACAUACGAACUAAACACAUCAUCACCGCUAAGCAGCACAGCGGUCAGCGUCGCAGCAAACAGCAGUCUAGCACAGCAGGAUGCUGACUGUAAGUCGGCAGUUGACUUCGAGGAUUGGUUCGAUGGCGUCUUUUGGGUGCUCAAGGCAUUCGUGAUGCUGUUCAUCAUCAUUGCGGCCAUCUGUGGCAAUCUGCUUGUUAUUAUUUCUGUGAUGCGUGUUAGAAAAUUAAGAGUUAUAACGAAUUACUUUGUAGUUUCCUUAGCCAUGGCUGAUAUAAUGGUCGCUAUUAUGGCCAUGACAUUUAACUUUAGUGUGCAAGUAACUGGGUGCUGGAACUUUAGCCCAUUUCUGUGCGAUCUGUGGAACAGUUUGGAUGUGUACUUCUCAACAGCAAGCAUUUUGCAUUUAUGCUGCAUAUCUGUGGAUAGAUACUAUGCGAUUGUUAAGCCGCUCAAGUAUCCGAUUUGCAUGACAAAACGUGUGGUUGGCAUUAUGCUGUUAAACAUAUGGAUACCGCCAGCGUUCCUAUCAUUUCUGCCCAUUUUCAUGGGCUGGUACACAACCGAUGAACACAAGAUCUAUGUUCUAGCGAAUAGCACUCAAUGCACAUUUGUGGUUAACAAGUACUAUGCCAUCAUCUCGAGCUCGAUAUCGUUCUGGAUACCGUGUACCAUCAUGAUUUUCACCUAUCUGGCAAUUUUCCGUGAGGCCAAUCGUCAGGAGAAGCAGCUGAUGAUGCGUCAUGGUAAUGCCAUGUUAAUGCAUCGACCCUCAAUGCAGCCAUCAGGCGAGGCGCUGAGUGGCUCGGGCUCAUCGAAAACGUUGACACUGCAUGAGGUCGAGCAGGAGCACACCCCGACAAAGGACAAACAUUUAAUCAAAAUGAAGCGGGAGCACAAGGCCGCACGCACCCUCGGCAUCAUCAUGGGCACCUUUAUACUCUGCUGGCUGCCAUUCUUCUCAUGGUAUACGCUCUCCAUGACUUGCGGCCCGUGUCAGGUGCCCGACAUUGUGGUAUCUAUACUCUUCUGGAUUGGCUACUUCAACUCCACACUCAAUCCACUUAUUUACGCCUACUUCAAUCGGGAUUUCCGAGAGGCGUUCCGCAACACACUGCUUUGUCUGUUCUGCAAUUGGUGGAAGGAUCGCCACAUGCCGCUCGACAUCGAUAUACGUCGCUCGAGUCUGCGUUACGAUCAACGGGCCAAGAGCGUGUACUCGGAGAGCUAUCUGAACUCGACCACACCAUCGCAUCGCCGUCAGUCUCAGUUGCCUGAGAACUUAUAAUACAGGGAUGAGGCGCUGCUGACGCCGAUUGCCCAGCAGCAGCAGAGAUUGGCAGCCGGCGGCUAUGGUGCCCCAGGUGCUGGACUUGGCGCCAGCGGCGGCGGCGGGGGACUUGGCGUUGGAGCCAGAGGAGCAGGUGGCGCCGCAGCCAAGCCGAAUGUGGGUAACCUAUCAGCCGAGGAUGUGCAGGAGAUACAGAUUGAAAUACCCAUGGAGUAUAUCAACAAAUGGAACAAGAAUAAUAACGCAGCAUCUGCCACAGCCUCCAGUCACGUAUAAGAAACAGAACGAGUUGAGUCGAGCUGAGCUGAGCUGAGCUACAACUGAGCUGAACUGAUGACAACGACAAUUCAGAGAGUGGCGAAAGUUGCGUCAAUCGAAUAAAUGCAAUUACAAUUUUCCAUUAAUGUUUCUGUUUCCGUUUUCUUUUUUUUGUUUUAAAUUAAUAUGCUGCUUGCAUUCACCAUUGUACAUACUAUUUAAGUCAACGUUAUGGAAUCACUCGCCGAGGCGUGCUAUUUAUUUUGGCCAUCAGUGUACAUAGUGCACAUUAUAUUCGUACUCGUUAAAACUUGUUGUCUGUUGUUGUAUUUUAUUAUUUCGUAAUUUAUUAUUUUCCUUUACACUUUACAGAGCUUUAAUUUAAUGCUUGUGACCUUAAAAGAGCACGGCUAAAAAAAAAACAUAAGUGUAAAAAGAAAAAAUACACUGCAUCAAUUCGUAUUUAUUAUUUAUUUUAGUUGUGUACUCGAUGUAAAUAUACUUAAUUUGUUUUUUUUUCCUUUUGUGUAUAAAUUGUACAAUUAAAUUAUAUUAAGCUCAGGUUGUAAAAACGAACAUUUCUAUGCCUAGCAAAACUCAAAGUCAAAUCUUCAAAUGAGAGUUUGCGACUUCAUUCACAGGGCAAUCAAAACAUUGAGCUAAGCAUAACAUGAGACAACCAAACCUAAAAAAAAAACAGAAUAAACCAAAACUAAAUUUAAAACAAAACAAAAAUUUAACUGUGCCAAUUAAAUAAAAACUAACCAGAAACUAUAGAAAAUGCGAGCGACUUGCAUGAAAAACAAAAAAUAAAAGAAGCUAAAAAAGAGUUUUGGCAAUAUUCGUAAAAUAAACAAACAAAUCAUAGGAAUACAAGCAUAGAUGGCACACGAAAACCAAAAAAAAAAAAAAAAAAGAAAAAAACAACAAUUAAA